ACGAAAAGAACAACGUAAUCAAAUAGUAAACCCGUAUUAUUGGAAAACAGAACGUCAACAAUUUACUCAACUAAGAUGUUUAAAUUUUAAAUCUGAAAGUGAACUUAAGUUAUAAUUAUCUCGUCACCCUGCCGUGCCAGCCAUCAAACCCACAGGCCACAGCACCCCAACUCCAUUUGUAAAAUUUUGCAGUCAAAUAUUUCGUAACAGCCAUCUAUCCGUGCUUUAAACAGAAAUGGUAUACGACCGAAAAACUUUGAUACCAUUGUUAUUGUUCCGAAAAUUUGGAACCUGUUGGAACUGGCGAUGGAAAUAUUUCACCAUGUUGCAGCCAAACAUUUAGGAAUAUGACCGUACUUUUGGGUCCCAAAGUCACCGACACCUAUGAACGACGGUGAUGAGUAUCAGCAGCUCAACAAAGGAAGCAUUGGAAAAAUGCCCAAUCAGGAAACUUUGCAACCGGCAACAGUUGAGAAGAAACAAUACGUGACGGACAUCACGUCCGUCCAUCUCCAUAUUCGCCCCGAAGAAUAUCCUAGUAAAAACGGGAUGACUUGGUGAUUGAGAACAGUUCAAAUGUCAAAGUCUAGGCUUACCGAACUCGUUUGCAUGGUAAACAUCACGUGAGCCGCUGCUUGCGUUUGUGUGUUUCGAGCCCAGCUGCUACUAUAAAAGACAACUGGAAAUGCUGGGAAGAGCAUCACUUAGCUGACUGAUAUUCCCAGCGCUAAAACUUCUCCAAUCGCUUCAAAAUGGCUUUCAAGUUAGCCCUUCUCUUUGGCGUCAUCGCCUUCGCCAGCGCUUGCUCUUACGCGCCUGGUACCACUGUCACCACCGUCACCACUGCCGUCACCACCGUCUCUGCCGAUGAAGGAGAGGAAGGCAUCCUGAGCUCCCACGACCGCAGUGUCAUCCGCAAGACCUGGGACCAGGCCAAGAGAGACGGAGAUGUCGCCCCUCAGAUUCUCUUCCGCUUCGUCAAGGCUCACCCCGAAUACCAGAAAAUGUUCACCAAGUUCGCCAAUGUGCCCCAGAACGAGCUGAUGAGCAACGGAAACUUCUUGGCCCAGGCUUACACCAUUUUGGCCGGUUUGAACGUCGCCAUCCAGUCCCUGUCCAGCCAGGAGCUGAUGGCCGGCCAACUCAACGCUCUCGGAGCUGCCCAUCAGCCCCGUAGUGCUACCCCCAUCAUGUUCGAGCAAUUCGGUGCCAUCCUGGAGGAAGUCCUCGCUGAAGAGUUGGGCAGCACCUUCAACUCUGAGGCCCAACAAGCCUGGAAGAACGGAAUCGCCGCUUUGGUUGCUGGUAUCUCCAAGACCCUCAAGAACCCCGACGAUUUGGCUGAUCCCCAGACCAAAUUGUCUGCCCACCAAAUCCGUGACGUCCAGAGGAGCUGGGAGAACGUCAGAGGUGGACGCAACGCUAUGGUCUCUGCCAUCAUGAUCAAGCUCUUCAAGGAGACUCCCCGCAUCCAGAAAUACUUUGCCAAGUUCGGCAAAGUCGCCGUUGAUUCUUUAACUGGCGAUGUCGAGUUCAAUAAACAAGUCGCUUUGGUUGCCGACCGCCUGGACACGAUCGUCUCGGCCAUGGACGACAAACUCCAACUGUUGGGCAACGUCAACUACAUGCGCUACACUCACACCGCCCGUAGCAUCCCCCGCAGCGCUUGGGAGGACUUUGGCCGCCUUCUGAUGGACUCUUUGGGUGCCAGCGGUGUCUCCUCUGAUGAUUUGGCCUCCUGGAAGGGCGCUUUGGCCGUCCUCGUCAAUGGAAUCUCCCCCAAGAAUUAAAACCAUUCCCUCAGGGAUCCGCAUUUAAGCACUAAUACGGAAUUGAAAUCUAAUUUCUCCCCCGUUUUAUUUGCUGAUUGUUUCUUUUCUUUCUCUUUUCAAAAUACAAUUAGUUCUUUAAAAGAA